AUGCAUUAUCACAUUAAUGGAACAUCACCCAAGGAGUACAAAAUAAUGAAUUACGAUGAUGACGCGAGCCUUUUGGUAAACUCACACAUUAAUGAAAAUUCACGUGCCGAAAUAGUUAUCUCAUUGUACGAAGUUGAUGAAGAUCAAUCAAACUCACAGAUUAUGGGGACUGAAAAUUUUGAGCAAAUAAUAGAUGGGUCAAUUUCUCAGAACGAUGGUGCUUUGAGAUUUAAAAAAUCUAGUGUUACAGAUAUCACUGUAGGUACAUUUUUUAAUGAUGCUACAAGUUUCAAAAAUGCACUCCGAUCAUUUGCCAUUAGAGAGAACUUUGGGGUGAGGAUAAAGGCCAGUGAUAAGAAACGAGUUAUUGCAACUUGUUCCUUUCAGGUUAGGAGAGUUGAUGGAGAACACACAUGCCCUGGGAUUAAUCGUGCUGGAAAUCGGCUAGCUUCAUCUAGAUGGGUUUCUAAUCAGAUUCAAGAGAUGGUGAAGAGGUAUCCAGAUAUUCCACCAAAAGAAAUAAACAGUGGUUUAGAGAAGGAAUUUGGUUUAUCACUACCUUAUAUGAAGCUUUGGAGGGCAAGAGAGCAAGCUCGUGACACAAUUUUUGGCUCAGUUGAUGACAACUACAAAUGGGUUCCAACAAUGGCAGCAGAAUUACUUGAUAGAAACCCGGUCUCAUACAUAACAUAUACAUUUAAUGCUACUGAUAAUUCUUUCCAAAGGUUUUAUGUUAGUUUCAAGGUGUAUGUGGAUGGAUUUUUAUAUGGGUGCAAACCACUUAUAAGUUUAGAUGCAUGCCAUCUUAAAUCUAAGUAUUUGGGUGUCCUUUUAUCCGCCAACUCGGUAGAUGGAAAUAAUGGCUUAUUCACCAUAGCAUUUGCUGUUGUUGAGGCUGAGUCCAAACAUUCAUGGUCAUGGUUCUUGAAGAACAUGGUAGAGACUAUUGGUUCUAAUUUAAGCACUCUUAGUUUCAUAUCUGACAUGGAGAAGGGAUUGGGAGAGGCAAUCAAAGAAAUAUAUCCUGAAGCUGAGCAUAGAAUUUGCAUUCGACAUUUGUGGAAGAAUAUCAAAAAAAAUUUUCGAUGUAAGGAUGGGCAAAAAAUGCAAGGACUGGUUUGGGCAGCUGCAAAUGCCUAUACUAAUGUAGAUAUGAACGAGAAGCUUUCCGAACUUCAUGAAAUUGAGCCCAACUUUGUACUCAUAUCUCAUUUCUUUACCUUACAAGUGGUCAAGAAGUCAAUUCAUGAUCGGGACAGAACCAAACCUGCAGUUGACCUUAUUGAUUUGGUCCGGGGAAAGGUUAUGGAACAAAGAGCUCAACGAAAAAUGACUAGCUUGACUUGGCAGAGAGAAUUAGUUCCAAAUGUUGAAGAAUAUAUCAGAGAUAUAACAACAAGGAAAGAUCAUUUGGUUGUUCGUCAAGCUAGCAAUUUCAAGGCUGAGGUGGAAGGACUUCACUCAAGACACAUCGUUGAUAUUGAAAGAAAGCACUGUACUUGUGGAGUAUGGCAGCUAAUAGGUUUGCCUUGCAUUCAUGCCGUGGCCUUCAUUGGUAACAUGUUCUGUAGAUAUAGAGUAGCAUAUGAUGGAGCGAUUACCGCAUUACCUGGGAAGGAGCAAUGGCGAGUUGUAGUAAAUUGUGAGCAAAUAGGUGUACCGAAUACAUGCAGACCAAGAGGUAGACCAAGGAAAAGAAGGCUUUUGAAUUUCUUGGAGCAAGACAAGAGAACACAUAGAUGUGGAAGAUGUGGUCUAUGGGGACAUCAUCGAAGUACUUGCAAGAAUCCUUUGCAAAAUAUGAAUAACGAGGAGACGAUGACCAUGGAAGUAGGACGAAAACGACGGGACAAGUUGCCAAGUAGGCGGGUAGCGGAUGACGUAGAGCAGCAGGAGUUUAAUUAUUCAUAUUUAGAUGGCUUCUAA